AUGGAAGCAUUCAAGAGACACACAGUAGAUAUGAAAAUGUCCAGCAGAAACAAAAUUCUAGUGUUCCUGAACAGCUAUCUGCGAGCUAACCAGCUAGUAGAAACGGUCAAUAAAGAAGGAGGAGUAUAUACAGCAUUUAUUCCGAAGCACUUGGUCUGUAUAACCGGGGUGAUCGCUGGUAUCCCAGUAGAUAUCCCGAUCGAACAAAUCAAAAACGAUCUAGAAAGUGACGUGCCUAUCGUGGGAGUUUAUCGUCUAAAUAGAUACGAGGGUAAUGAGCGCGUUCCAUCCACCAGAGUUUCGAUUACAUUCAGAGCGAGUCAACUACCGGAAAGCAUCAGGCUAUUUUGUUGCGUCACAAGGGUUCAAACCUUUCAACAAAAGGUGAUUCACUGUACCAACUGUUUACGAUUUAAUCACCGUGGUAAGGACUGCAAGGGAGCAAGAAGAUGUGGCCGGUGUACCGAACGGCACGAAACAAACGAAGAAUAUGAACAGUGUCAACAAACCGUAAAAUGUAUUCACUGUAAAGUAAAUACACACAUGACAGGAAGCGAUUCUUGUUCGAUCAAGAAAAAAGAACAACAGAUCAAAGCGAUAAUGUCUAAAACAAACUACACAUACGUAGAAGCAAGAGAAAUGGUAGCGACACCAAAUACCAACUACUACGAACCUCUCAACAACCCUCAGGAUUUUCCGACGGUGGCAGAAGCAGCUGCUUAUAGUAGCAACUUGAAUCAGCAAUGGCAAAAGACCAAUGCUCCACGUGUACCAGUAACAGCAGCGGUAAAAACAUAUACAGAGAAGAAGCCCAAUAACCAACAAAAGAGACGGCGUUCCAAUCACAACGAAAACAAUCAACAAAUGGACAACGAGAUGAAUUCGUAUGCAACGGACGAAGAGGCAUCCUCGUCAGGAAUGUCAAAGAACACGGAACAAGUAAAUGGAACAGGAUUGAAAACCCAUUCAAAGUGGAUGAAAAAGGAAAGUGGAAUCGUAUGA